CACUGGCCCUCCACUGCUCGCCUGGGUCGCGGGCACGCACCGCUGUUCCCCGAGAGGGUCGGGCAGCCCCCAAGCGAGUUGGCUCGGGUCACAGCGGGCCGGUCUAUUACAUAACCGCGGGGCGGCCCUCCUCCCACGCGCCCCUCACCACUCUCCAGGGCGCCGGACGUAGUGCGGAGCCCGGUGAUAAGUCCAUUCACCCGAGGGGCAGAGAGUCCACGGCAUAGCUGGGGGCGCUGAACUUGCCGGUGCAUUUCCGGGGGAGUCGAGCACUGCAAUUCUCCCCUCCACGCUCUCCGCCUCCCGCACGGCCUGCGGGGGACCCCCAGCUCCUGCCCCGCCCGUGCCUCCGCCCCGUCGGCUCCCCGCCCUUCCGAAGCGCGGACCGCGGAGCCUGGGGCUGGGGAAGGGGCCACCGCGCGGGCACGCGGCACGCUGGGUGCGCCCCGGGGGCAUGUCCGCGCGCCACCGCCCGGGCUGCAGCGGUCCACGCGAGAUGGCCAGUAAUCCAUGUGCCAGGUAGCACUCUAUGCCAAUCUUGAAUGCCAACAGGAAGUCACUAGACGGCACACUCUUCCAAGAUCAUAACUGGGCUGUUGGAGUAACUUGGAAAAGAAGAAUAAAGGAUCAAAAAAACCAUGGCAAAAGUAAAUAGAGCUCGGUCUACCUCUCCUCCAGAUGGAGGCUGGGGCUGGAUGAUUGUGGCUGGUUGUUUCCUUGUUACCAUCUGCACCCGGGCAGUAACCAGAUGUAUUUCCAUUUUUUUUGUGGAGUUCCAGACAUACUUCUCUCAGGACUAUGCACAGACAGCCUGGAUCCAUUCCAUUGUAGACUGUGUGACCAUGCUCUGUGCUCCACUUGGGAGUGUUGUCAGUAACCAUUUAUCCUGUCAAGUGGGAAUCAUGCUGGGUGGCUUGCUUGCAUCUACUGGUCUCAUCCUGGGCUCAUUUGCCACCAGUCUGAAGCAUCUCUACCUCACUCUGGGAGUUCUUACAGGUCUUGGAUUUGCACUUUGUUACUCUCCAGCCAUUGCCAUGGUUGGCAAGUAUUUCAACAGACGGAAAGCCCUGGCCUAUGGCAUCUCCAUGUCGGGAAGUGGCAUUGGCAUCUUCAUCCUGGCCCCCGUGGUUCAGCUCCUCAUUGAACAGUUCUCCUGGAGGGGAGCAUUACUCAUCCUGGGGGGCUUCGUUUUGAAUCUCUGUGUUUGCGGUGCCUUGAUGCGGCCAAUUACUCUUAAAGAGGACCGUUCGACUCCAGAGCAGAACCAUGUGUGCAGAACUCAGACACAAGACUUGAAGCAGGGGUCUCCCUGUUCGACUUGGACGAAAAAAUGGGUGCACACCUGCCUCUGUGGCUCUUUGCAGCAGGAGUACAGUUUUUUACUGAUGUCAGACUUCGUUGUGUUAGCCAUCUCUGUUCUGUUUAUGGCUUACGGCUGCAGCCCUCUCUUUGUGUACCUGGUGCCUUAUGCUUUGAGUGUUGGAGUGAGUCACCAGCAAGCUGCUUUUCUUAUGUCCAUACUUGGGGUGAUAGACAUUAUUGGCAAUAUCACAUUUGGAUGGCUAACUGACAGAAGGUGUCUGAAGAAUUACCAGUACGUUUGCUACCUCUUUGCCGUGGGACUGGAUGGGCUCUGCUAUCUCUGCCUCCCGAUGCUUCAAAGUCUCCCCCUGCUUGUGCCUUUUGCUUGUACCUUUGGCUACUUUGAUGGUGCCUAUGUGACUUUGAUACCAGUAGUGACUGCCGAAAUAGUGGGGACCACCUCUUUGUCAUCCGCACUUGGUGUAGUAUAUUUCCUUCACGCAGUGCCCUAUUUGGUGAGCCCGCCCAUCGCAGGAUGGCUUGUAGAUACGACCGGCAGCUACACUGCAGCCUUUCUUCUCUGUGGAUUUUCCAUGAUCUUUAGUUCUGUGUUGCUUGCCUUUGCCAGACUUAUGAAGAAGAUGAAAAAAACCCAGCUCCGGUUCCUUGCCAAAGAAUCUGAUCCCAAGCUGCAGCUUUGGACCAAUGGCUCAGUGGCUUAUUCUGUAACCAGAGAAUUAGAUCAGAGGGAUGGGGAAUCUGUGGCUAUAGCAAUGCUUGGUUCCAACCUCACAUGACCAAUGACCUUGAGCUUAGGAAACUUCAGGGCUGAGAAAGGAGGGACCAUUGGAUUGUACCUGUUUCUGAAGCAUUUUAUCUUGUCAGAAGCAUUGCCCUCCAAGGAAAUUUAUUGUAUUAUUAAUAUGUUUCUAGGGGAAAAUAGCAAAUAACAAAACAAGCUGGAUUGGCUCAGAAUUUCCUCAUUUGGGAUUUGUACUCAUAAUUGAACUAAGAUCUUUUGGGCAAUGAGCAGCACACCUUGGAGAAUGUUGUUAGGACAAGGCUGAUAUAAUUAGCUGUAAAUAGGGGUAAUUUCAAGGUAUGAUUCAAACAAAUGACACAGGGAGCAGCUUUGUCUCAAACUCUGUUCCCCUCCAUCUUCCUUCCUCACUUAGAAGAUAAAGAGAAACACUGACAUGUAGGGUUUUUUUUAAUGCUGUUUGGAGAAGGGGGUCCUGUAUUAAUCAUUGCCUUUUGAAGAAUCUAAAGUAUUCUUCAAUAACCCUGUUUAAAAUCCUAAUGAAAAACUUCACUAGAAGAAAGGUUUGGCAUCCUGGCUUUCCACCACCACCAAAAUCUCUUUUCCUAAGACUGAGGCACUUCCACCUGACCAGGCGUCCACCUCUGAGGCUAUCACAUAUAAUACUGACUCGAAAUUUAGCAGAACACACCAAGACACAAGGGCAAUUUCUAAAUCUUAUCAGUAAUGUUAACACUAACACUUCCCCAUUUUUCUUUUUUUUUUGUCUUUUUGCUAUUUCUUUGGGCCGCUCCCGCAGCAUAUGGAGGUUCCCAGGCUAGGGGUCAAAUCGGAGCUGUAGCCACUGGCCUACGCCAGAGCCACAGCAACGCGGGAUCCGAGCCGCGUCUGCAACCUACAGCUCACGGCAACGCUGGAUUGUUAACCCACUGAGCAAGGGCAGGGACCGAACCCGCAACCUCAUGGUUCCUAGUCGGAUUCGUUAACCACUGCGCCACGACGGGAACUCCUACUUCCCCUUUUUUUUUCCUUUUAGAAAUAAAGGAUUUCUUUAAACUUUAGACAAUUCUUGUUAGGAAUGGGAAAAUGUUGGCAGCAUUCCAACUGGGCAGGAAUUGAAUUCUUGAAUCAGCGGGUCUCUGGUGAGAGUUUUCUUUUCAGAUCAUUUGGGUUCAUCAUUACCCAAAAGAGGACUUAGGAGUUUUGCCUGAAAAAUAUUAUUCUAGAGAGAUUCUGAAGGCGAGAUUCCUUUCUCCCUAGGCUGAUAUUCGUUCCAAUGUCCAUUGCUCCUUAUCACUCUACAGAUAAUCCUUAGAAACUUGGACCUUUUCAGCUGAAUGAGGAGGCUCAGGGGUUAACCCCAGCAUCAUAACACUUUCACAAAUUACAGCUGUGAUCAGCGAGAGGAAGGACAAAGUUAAGACUGUUAGUGGAAGGAUGUUCCACAGUUUAUAGAGCUCUUCCACAUACAUACCCUAACUCAUUGGAUUGGAAUAGUUUACUCAUUCCGAAGUACUCCACUUUCCUGUGGUUAGGGAUAAAGUCUUCAGAUUGAAGAGGGAGGGCUUGGGGAGAAGAGAAAGUCUUGGUCCCCUGCCUGUCUCCAACCAUUUAAAAUCCUCUAAAUUAUAACACUGAAUCCCAAGUCAUGUUGAACUUGUAAAUAGGGACAAGUCAUACAGUUGAAAGGGGAUUUCCUUUUAGGGCUGUACCCACGGCAUAUGGAGGUUCCCAGGGUAGGGGUCAAAUUGGAGCUGCAGCUGCCAGCCUACACCACAGCCAGAGCAAUGGAGGAUCCAAGCCACGUCUGCUACCUACACCACAGCUCAUGGCAGCACCAGAUCCUUAACCCACUGAGUGAGGCCAGGGAUCGAACCCACCUCCUCAUGCAUUACUAGUCGGAUUGUUUCUGCUAUGCCACCACAGGAACUCCUAAAGGGGAUUUUAAUUGUUCAAAAAUUUAAAUCUGAACCUCAAGGAAGUAUUUUUGACUCUGAAAAGCCAGGGGAGUCCUCACAAAUGCCCUGCCAGGGGUCCCGAGAGGAAAAACGCAGCUAUGGGGAAGAUGCUGGCUUGACUCGGCAAGUUCAGCAAGAGUCUUGGCCUAAAACUGGAUUAUUUCAAAAAGUUACAUAUUAAUGCAUUGUUUUCGGAAUGAAAUGCUAACUUAAUUUGGUGGCAGAAAACUAAUAUUUCAUAGGUGUUUUCCAAAAAAAAGAAAUUUGAAUGUUUCCUGUUAUCUUUAUACUUCUUUUGAGAAUUUAGUGUGAAACCACUUACUUUGUCAUUUGCAAUUUAAAAACAAUGUUUGAGAAAAUCUGUAUAAAGCCAAAGUUAAAAUGAAGUUAUAUGUUUUGGGAAUAGCACUUUACAGUAAAUGUCACUUCUUGAAUCUUCAAACCUAAAUAUUUUUUGAAAUAGAAAUACAGCUAUUCUUCUACAUUUUUUUUUCCUAGUGAUGAUCAUAGUAAAAUUUUAUCUGGUUCCGCAAUGUGAUUUCUUUAAAGUAUUAUAAGUAUUCAUGAAAAAUGAGCAGAGAGAUCAGAGCUUUUAAAAAUUUGUAUAAAAUAUUUGGGAUAUUCUGACUUUAUACAUGCAUACCUUUGUAUUUUACUUUUCUUUGGGGAGCGGCAUUUUUCAAAAACCAGUAAGGAAAAUGUAGAUCUUGGAGAUUACCCUUGCUAUCUAAAUGGAAUUUUACUGUUAACUUCCAGGUGCCUAUACUGUUUAUUUCAAAAUGCAGAGAUUCCUGGGAAUGAUGUGUUUUGUGGAAUCAAGAGCAAAAUUGUGGUGGGAUGAUUCUGCAUCUUAAAUUUUUCUUUGUAUCACUGCAAGCUCUAUUUUGAAAUUGAGUAGAAAAGCAAAAGAAAUAGGUAACUUCCGUAGAUCCACUGUACCAUUUGGCCUUUUUUUCAGAUUGUGAUUUCACUAAUAGAGCAGAUAUUUAUGAUAAUAUUUUCUUAUUUCAAAAGCAUAAUAAAAUGAGUUUAUAACUGUGU